CUCCUUACACUACAAGGAAGUAGCUGAGAGAAAUAACACGGUAAUGAAAAGACCAAUCGAAGCGGAGGUGAGAACGACGUUGGAGUGUGUGGUUGAAAAGGUGUGGUUUUUCAGCUGUAUAUGGUGUAUAUGAUUUUAUGGUAAUUGCUUGGUCAGUCAGCGUCAAGUAUUUUUUUUCGGGGAGAAAUCACCGACACGGUAUGUUUCAGGGUGGAAAAGAAGCUAGGGACGAUGGAGUCAUCUCUCUUCGUCCCGCUGCACUGUAACGUUUAGCUAGUAGAUCAGGUUCCCGAGCAAAGAGUAAUAGAAACUGCGGGGAGAAACUGGUCGAAGUGACAACUCAAAAUUGCCGUCAGAUCACUGGGGCCAUUAUCAAAGUGCGCGACAAUGGCGGACAGCGUUGGAGAGGGAUCCAACGGGGCCGUUGGAACGAGUCAGGGGAAUGGAGCCCAGCUGUCCGCGAGUUUAGGUCAUUCUUUGCCGGGGCACUCGACCAGCGGAGCUAACCCGGCCUCGCCGCCUCCUGCCGCGGCCGCAGAGACUGGCCUGGCCGCGGUGUCUCCUGCAGUUGCGCACAACAUCACUUCGGUCAUGGAGAGCGUCGGCGUCCUCAGCCACGCCGUGAGCGCCAACAUCUCGGCGCCAGCGAACGUGCCUCCCUCGCUACCGCCCAGCAUCGGCUUGGGGGUCACCGGGGCUCCUGCGAGUCUAGCUGGAGCGGGCCUCCUGUCCCAGAUUCACGCCACGUCCUGGGACCCCACACUGAGCACCGACUGGGAUAACGAAAAGGCAUCGCAGCAGUGCAUUCUCCGGAUAAAAAGAGACAUUAUGUCGAUCUAUAAGGAGCCUCCCCCUGGAAUGUUUGUGGUUCCUGAUCCUCAUGAUAUGACCAAGAUCCAUGCCCUCAUCACAGGUCCAUUUGACACACCAUAUGAGGGUGGAUUCUUUCUAUUCUUGAUUCGCUGUCCACCUGACUACCCCAUCCAUCCUCCACGUGUCAAACUCAUCACCACUGGGCACAACACAGUGCGCUUUAAUCCCAACUUCUACCGCAAUGGCAAAGUCUGCCUCAGCAUUCUCGGCACAUGGACAGGUCCAGCAUGGAGCCCUGCUCAGAGCAUUUCUUCAGUCCUUAUCUCCAUCCAGUCCCUGAUGACAGAGAACCCUUACCACAAUGAGCCUGGCUUUGAGCAGGAGAGGCACCCAGGUGAUAGCAAAAACUAUAAUGAGUGCAUUCGCCAUGAGACCAUGCGUGUGGCUGUCUGUGACAUGCUGGAAGGGAAGGUGCCAUGCCCAGAGGCCUUGUGGAGUGUGAUGGAAAAAUCCUUCUUGGAGUACUAUGACUUCUAUGAAGGAGUUUGCAAAGAACGGCUGCAUCUACAGGGACAAAACAUGCAGGAUCCCUUCGGGGAAAAGAGAGGUCGCUUUGACUACCAGGGUCUUCUCACCCGUCUCGGUGCCACUCAGAAACGUUUGCGAGAGAAGUGUCCACCAGAUGACAAUGACGGAGACUCAGACUCUGACACAAGCUCAUCUGGAACAGACCCAGACAGCCAGGGCAGCUCCCAGCCAUAGGUUGCUCACUAGGGGCACACAGCAGGAGUACGAGAAAGCAUUUCUCUUUACUUGUAGCUCUGGACGCUUUAAAGUAAGCAACAUGCACAGAGCAUUGAGAGAAGUUGUAGAUCUGGUUGUGAAGCACAGGGGUUAGUCUGUCCCCUGUUUCUUUUGAUUGGUCCUUUUUUUCCUCUCCUUCUCUGCUAGCCAAUGGCUGCCUUUCAUUUUGUUUUUGUUUUUUUUCUCUGAGAGAGAGAGAAGUCCAGUGAGUAGUGAGAAUGGGACUAGAAGAUUGGCGUAUGAGUGUUUGUGUGUAUGAGUGUUGAUGUAAAUGCAAGCUCCGCAGCAGGUCAGAACACACUCUGCCUUCUGGAGCACAUGUUUCUGUGCCCCCCCGCUCCUCUCUUUGUUCUUCUGGUGGUCAGCCACACGAUGCAGAGGUAGGUUAAGAGUUACUGACACCUCACCCCAGACCAGGUCGUCAUACACUUAGUGCACCUGUUCCACUCCUGGAAACGGUUUGUUAGUCUCUUCUGUUUCACUUAUGUCUUGAUAGUAAUCUCAACAUUUAUAUCUCCACAUUAAUUGAAUCAUUAAAAAAAAAAUAUUUUGAAUAUUAUGAACGGAGUCAUAAUUUCAACAUGAAUUCAUAAUGAAUUGCUUUACAUGAUUUAAAAAAAGAAACUGAUGCAACUAUAAAAUAAAUGUAUAUACUUAAAUAUUGUGCAUAGAAAAGUUUUAUUUUAAUGUUAUGUGCAUUAAAUGCUUUUGAAUGGGUCUGGUGUGAUCAAUAUUCGGCCAGUAAACUGAUCAGUGGUUUUGCGCUUAUGGGAACAGUUGUCCUAUGAGAGUUUUUGUUUGUACAGUCAAAGGACAUUGUCCAUGAUGUUUCAGCCUGAUUGAUUAAAUACGCUGGUUGAAUAAGAACAUAA